GGACUCACGAGGGAUCCGCAGCAGAAGUCGGACUCUGCAGGCGAGUCAGUCAACCAAACCAGGACAGAACAAAGUUGCAAGUGUGUGUUUUGGUCUCACGGAAAGAUGCCACUUGCGACCAAAGCUUCUCCAAACUGCGCUAAGAUGCAAACAAAACUGAGCGCGUGGACUCCGCUGAACCAUCCAGCCUCCAACAACAAGAUUUUUGAAGAAAGGCGGAGUCUGGUGUCAAAGUGGUUUGACAGGUGGUCGGACAGACAGAGGAGGCUGGUGCUGCAGGAUUUUCUGCUGAGGUGUUCACAGCAGCAGCUGCGCUUCCUGAGUCUGAACGUGACUCGACAGCUCCCUCUGCAGGCUGCGGACUUCACCUGCACGCUGCCCAGGGCGCUCAGCCUCUACGUGUUCUCUUUUCUGGACCCGAGGAGCCUCAGCAGAUGCGCUCAGGUGAGCUGGCACUGGCGGGGCUUCGUGGAACUGGACCAGCUGUGGAGACCCAAGUGUCUGAAAGUGGGCUGGGGCGUCGACUUCUCCCCCUCGCAGUUGGAACACGGAGCCUGGAAGAGACUUUACGUCCAACGGGUUCUGGAGCUGCGACUCAACACUAAACCGAAAGGCUGGCAGCAGCAGAAGCAUCAAGACCAUCACGUGGCGACCGUCACCACCAGGGGAGCAGGCGACGUCAACAAGGAAGAUCCUCCCUCCUCCAACCGCUCAGCGUCAGCUGCAGCUGGAAAGAAGCUAAAGCAGCCCCCACCUUGGAGAGGUUCUGACCCGAGACCCAAAGACAUAUUCCGCAACAACUACCUUGACAAUCUGGACCCACUGCAGCAAGGGCAAUUGAAAAGCAGAGUUUCCGGGACAACAGUGACCCCUGGCGAGCAGAGGAAGAACAGCGUGACAGAAAAAUAUUACAAAUUGCGAAAAGCCAAAUCGCUGAUGUUCCUCACCUCAAACCCCAGACAGCCGCACUCUCCUCUAGCAAGAGGUGAUGACAAAGCCGUGGUUGAGGAGAAGACGCCUCAGGAAGACGCUGGGAUCCGACCAGGCCCAGUGAGGCCCGCGGUACCAAAACUGAGCACGGCGGCACUGAGAGCAGCCCAGCGUUCACACAGGAGCAUCCCCAGUUCUCCACUGUUCCAGCCGUGGUUCCGACUGGCGCCACACCCCCAGGUCGAGAGAAAAGAGUUAUGAGCAACUGGUUUGGCACCUUAAUCCUUUAAAAGCUCUGCUAUAGAAACCAGUUAAAAGAUGUUUUCUUGUUAUUAUUUUUCUUAAACCAGUUCAUUUUCUUUUCAAAUAUAUAAAGCUAUUAAGUUUGUUUUCCAACAUCUAAGAACUUUACAAAUAAACGUAUUUUUGUGUGCUCGUAGUAAACAAAGUGAAAAAGAUUACAGUAAUUGAAAUCCAACUCCAGCUGCUUCAAAGAAACCCUCCAAAUGUCACAACCAUGAUCAGUCAUGCUUGCCAUUUUGAAAUGCAAACAAUAAGAGUCCAACGUG